AUGAAUACGUUUGCCAGUUCCAGUGCUGAUCUACAAAAUACAACCACCGAAAGAAUUGAUCUUGAUCUUGAUCGUGAUCAUUCAUCUCUUUCAAAUUUUAAUGAAUCUGCCCCAUUCCUACCUAGUUGCAAUAUCAAUAAUGGAAAUAAUAGCAUAAAUUUCGAUUUAGAAAAUAAUAAUACUAAUAGCGAUAACACUGGCAUUGAUAAUACUAGAAAUCAUGAUAUAGAUGCCCAAUCAAAUAGUAAUUUAAUUUCACAAGAUAAUAGCAAUAUUAAUGAUAUUGAAAAUGGCACCAACAUUAAUAACAAUAAUAAUGAUAACGAUAACGAUAGUAACAAUAAUGGAACAAUCAAUAAUUUACGCAGUAGGAUGAACAGACAAAUAAGUUCAAUAGGAAGACAUUUCAAUAUCCUUGAUCGAUUAUUUAAUAAGAGAACCAUUGAAACUUCCCAACAUGGUGCUAGCUAUGAUGGUGUAUUUAGUAAUUUAACUGCAAAACCAAAUGGUUUGGGCAAUGAACCUGCAGAAGAAGACAUACCUCCAACUUAUGAAUCUGCUGCAAAUGAUAUGGUCCCUUCUUAUUAUGGUGUACAUACUGAAGGUUCAGCAAUGUAUUACGACGAAAUCUGUAUUGAAGGUUUACCUGUAGGAAAUGUUGCAAAUUUAAUUUGGAAUAUCGUUGUAAGUACAAGUUUCCAAUUUAUUGGAUUUUUAAUUACUUAUGUUCUACAUACUUCUCAUGCAGCAAAACAAGGUUCAAGGUUUGGUUUAGGUUUGACAUUCAUUGGUUAUUGUUACUCAAUGUUACCAAAUGAUGUAACUUCAAAAGUUGGUAAAGAUAAAUCAAUCGAUAGAAUUCAAGUAGAAGAUCCGAACGAGUUUGAUAAUCUACAAAUAAACCCACAAACUGCCCAAAUUGAUAAUUUUAAAUCCAACCUAAGUCACGGGUGGAAGAGGAAAAGAAGAAAAUACCAUUUUUAG